GGCGGUGCGCGGGGUACGGCGGGCGCUGGGACGCGCAAGCGGCGCGGGUCCGGGCAUGAAGCUGGGCCGGGCCUCACUGGCCCUGCUGCUGCUGGCGCCGAGCGCGGUUCGAGCGGUGGAGCCCAUCAGCCUGGGCCUGGCCCUGGCCGGCGUACUCACCGGCUACAUCUCCUACCCGCGCCUCUACUGCCUCUUUGCCGAGUGUUGCGGCCAGAAGCGGAGUCUCAGCCGGGAGGCGCUGCAGAAGGAUCUGGAUGACAAGCUCUUUGGACAGCAUCUUGCAAAGAAAGUCAUCUUAAACGCCGUGUCUGGUUUCCUAAGCAACCCGAAGCCCAAGAAGCCCCUGACCCUCUCCCUGCACGGGUGGACAGGCACGGGCAAGAACUUCGCCAGCAAGAUCAUCGCAGAGAAUAUUUACGAGGGUGGACUCAACAGUGACUAUGUGCACCUGUUUGUGGCCACGCUGCACUUCCCCCACGCCUCCAACGUCACCCUGUAUAAGGACCAGCUACAGAUGUGGAUUCGAGGCAACGUGAGUGCCUGUGCUCGGUCCAUCUUCAUCUUUGACGAGAUGGACAAGAUGCACGCAGGCCUUAUUGACGCCAUCAAGCCUUUCCUAGACUAUUAUGACGUGGUAGACGAGGUCUCCUAUCAGAAGGCCAUCUUCAUCUUCCUCAGCAACGCCGGGGCAGAGAGGAUCACAGAUGUGGCUUUGGAUUUCUGGAAAAGUGGGAAGCAGAGGGAAGAAAUCAAGCUUAGAGACAUGGAGCAUGCCCUGGCCGUGUCGGUCUUCAAUAACAAGAACAGUGGCUUCUGGCACAGCAGCCUCAUUGACCGGAACCUCAUUGAUUAUUUUGUCCCCUUCCUGCCCCUGGAGUAUAAGCACUUGAAAAUGUGUAUCAGAGUUGAGAUGCAGUCCCGUGGCUAUGAAGUAGAUGAGGACAUUAUAAGCAAGGUGGCUGAAGAGAUGACAUUCUUCCCCAAGGAGGAGAGAGUCUUCUCUGACAAGGGCUGCAAGACUGUGUUCACCAAGCUGGACUACUACCUGGACGACUGAGCCCUGCUGCAGAGGCUCGCACUGUCAGGCCUCUCCUCUUCCAGGAAGUGGCUCAUGCCUUGUGGACUGUUUCUGCUCCUCAGAGCCUGCAGGUGGCCGUACUGUAGGGACUACAGACACAACAGGGACCCAAAGCUUCCUGGGGCCUCCAGAGGAUGACACCUCCCAGCCUGCCCAUUCCCAGGCUCAUGAUUUCUUAAAAAUUAUGUUUUAAUUUCAGGUGUUUCUGUUUCAAAGCAGAACAAGUUAAGUUUUACUGCAAAUGUGACAACUUUAUUUUAAAUGGUUUUUAAUACUAUGAGAAACCUUUUA